CACACUUUUUGCAACUUUUGAUAUCAAUUGUAUGGAUUCUGGACUGGAUUCGGGUAUCGAACUGGGAUGUCCGGACGCUCGUUCCGUCCUUCCAAACGACUGUCCGUGUAAACUACUCGUCAUUUCGUCGAAGAUCCGUUCAUCGUCUUCUCUUCUCGAGGCUGCUCGGCAUGACGUUUUGGUUUUGCCGUUUCGAUAUGAGAAAGUGACGUAUCGUGAGCUGGCCGGGAGGAUACGUAGUGCAGCCGGUCAGCAUAAACUCACUAACGUGGCUUUCUUGGUUCACUCAGAGACCGGAAGUUUGCGGUUAGCGGGAGCUGAUAAGACGUCGGUCUCGUUGAAGUCUCUUCAUGAGAAUGAAGACGUGAUUACAUUCUUUCGUUCGUUAUCUGAACUGUGGGACUCAUCGUGUGACAAUAAGAGUGUAGACUUUCUUGCAAGCAACAUCACUCAGACGGCUGAUGGACGUGAACUUGUGCAACGAAUAGAGGAACUCGUACAUGUAAAUGUACAAGCAGUUCCUGACUUGUUUGAUGGAACUUCCUACACAAGUGUUGCAGAUCUCUAUCUUGAAAAAAGCAAGCUAAAAGGAUGGUCCAUGUCGCAGCAACAAUCGAUGACAGGAUUUGAAAAAAUACGAGUCGUCGGCAAAGGCUCUUUUGGAACAGCAAUUUUAUACAGAAAGAAAGACGAUGAUGCAGUUGUCAUUCUAAAGGAAAUCAACAUUCUCGACUUGAAAACGAGAGAACGACAGCUUGCAGUCAAUGAGAUCCAAGUGUUGAGCAUGUUGGAUCAUCCGAAUAUCAUUGCAUAUUAUGAUCAUUUUGAAGAAGACGGCAAGCUGAUGAUUGAGAUGGAGUAUGCAGACGGAGGGACGUUGGCUCAAUACAUUACGAACAGUGAGAGAGAGCUGGAGGAGAAGGAGAUUCUGUUGAUGUGCCAACAGAUGGUUGACGCUUUGUGUUAUAUUCACUCGAACAACAUCUUGCAUAGAGAUUUGAAGACAGCCAAUGUGUUUCUCACUCGAGACGGGAUGGUGAAGUUGGGCGAUUUUGGCAUCUCCAAAAUCAUGAGCUCGUCUCAACGUCGAGCAAGCACCGUGUUAGGAACACCAUACUACAUAUCACCAGAGAUGUGCGAAGGAAAACCAUACAAUGAGAAAAGUGACAUCUGGGCAUUAGGCUGCAUUCUUUACGAAAUGGCAGCCAAACAACGAACAUUUGAAGGCUCAAACCUUCCCGCUCUAGUCAACAAGAUCAUGAAAGGCAAUUAUGCUCCUCUAAAGGGAAACUACUCGGAAGCAUUUCGUCAGCUGGUCACACACAUUUCAUGCAUCCAACCACUAAAAAUAGUCAAACGCAUGUGUUGCUUUCAGGUCAAUGAUUUACUGUUGAGAGAUCCAGCGGCUCGACCGUCUGCUGAUGAGAUAUUCAGCAAGAGAUUACGUCCACUGUUGAAGAAAUUUAUUGGUGAUGGGUAUGAUGAUGAUCAACUAGUAGAGAGAACGAACCCAAGGUUUCUUCUCUAUUAUCUCGAUCUUCGUAGUCUGACGCUUCUUCCAUGGAAACUGCCCAAUCGAUGUGAAGUAUCAAACGUCUCUGUCUCUCCAUCCCACAUCGUUGCCGUAACAUUAGAGAAGGAAGUCUUUUCAUGGGGAGCAAAUAAUCACGGCCAAUUAGGCCACGAGGAUCUCUCACCAUGUGCCGUACCUCGACUAAUAGAAAGUCUAACCGGCAAAUCAAUUUCUCGUGUUGGUUGUGGUGAUGGGUACAGCAUGUUUGUCAGUGACAACGGCCUUCUGUUGAGUUGUGGUUCAGGACAUUAUGGAUGCCUGGGGCAGGGCGAUCGUUCAGAUUGCUUGAAGCCGAAGCUCAUCGAGAGUCUGUUGCAAGAGGAUGUUGUUCAUGUGUCAUGUGGUUCGUAUCAUCUGGCCGCGGUGUGUGCGGCUGGUGGUGUGUUCACAUGGGGGAGGAAUUCUGCUGGGCAAUUGGGGAUCGGAAAUAAUGCGAAUCAAUAUUCUCCUGUUGAGGUGAAUGUAAGUUCUUUAAUACGUCAUGCAGUCUGUGGUGUCGAUGGCACUAUGCUAAUUACUGAUGGAGGAAAACUACUGGCAGCUGGCAGCAAUGCUGACAACAAACUCGGGCUCAAUAAUCGCGUGGGUUUUCUCAUGGCAAUGAAGAAUUUAUUUAAUCUUAAAGAGAUGACUGUUGAUGAGGUGAAUCAAUUCUCUCCUGUUCGUUUGCCUGGCAAACAUCGUGUUGUUGACAUGGCGUUGGGUCAGCGCCACACGGCUGUAGUGACAGAGACUGGCAGUGUGUUGACGUUAGGCUAUAAUCAAGAUGGUCAGCUGGGGACUGGAGAUUGUAAGCCAAGAGAUAUGGUGAUGAUGGUCAAGUGUCUCAUGGACAAAACUGUUACGUUUGCUACAUGUGGUGAACUCUACACGGCUUGUGCGACCGAAGACAACUACGUCUACGUGUGGGGCUCUCGUCCUCUAUCUCACUCCAACCCCAGUCUUCCUUCACACAUCAACAUGUCAUCAACAAUGAACACAUCAACGUCCGAUUCGGCAUCAAACUCAGAGAAAGGCCACUCACCAGACCACGACUACGAGCCCUUAUCAUCUCUCGACUGCGGAACACGAUCCCGAUCAUCAUCCAUUGCUUUGUCUAACAACGAGACGAAUACAAAGCCAUUUAACUCAAGUACUCGUGAACCGUCUGACUCACCACUGACUCCCAGAUCUACCACAUCUGUAAGUCGAAAACCGAGCCACCCGAGUCCCAUAAUAACUCGAACACUCGAGUCGUCGACACCAUCACUAGCAUCUCUUCUGUCUGGGUUAUCUGACAGCAGUGCGAAAAACCAGGCGUCUAGACAAACGAGUUUAGGAGAGAUUUCUAAAGACAAGAAGUAUAGUUCGUCAAGGAAACGAAGUUUAUCUGAAACGACACUAACCGAACAACAGGGUGUAAUGAGAGCCGUAACGAGUCAAAUCAUGACGGCUGGACUUGGUCUCGGAUUUCAAUUGAAGGAUAUUGCUCCGAUAUUGACUCCAAUGGAAGUAAGUCUGUUUAAUCCGAGAAAUCCAUCGCAGAUUCUCGGGCUCGAUGAGAAGCCAUUGUCGGCUCAUGUUGUGAGUCUGACUGCUUGUGAGGGGUUCGUGUUUGUUCAAGUGGAGGCUGCGGUUCGUAUUCGAUCUGGACAGAGCAGGAAACACGGACCAAUCAGGAAGAGUUUGAGGAGUCUGAGGAGGCGACUUAAUAUUUUAUGUCGGACGACGAUAAGACGACGAACGAGUCAUAAUAUUGGACAGAAAGUUGCUGACCCUGAUGCGUCGGCGUUGGCACAGACAGAGAACGCUGACAAUGAAGACUUACAGAUUCGAACUUGGCUUAAAAAUGAGCUUGACGAUGUCAUGGAAGACGAUAAAUCAGCAUCUGAGACUCAAAAUGCCACACCUCAUGACACUUUCACGGCAUCCAAAGAGUCACACGUUGAUUCGGACACUAAGGAUGACAUUCAAAGCAAAAGAGAACGAGUCACAUUAGGCACACAAAAGAGCUUGGAGAACGGAACUGUUGACGAGUUGGCCGACGAGAAUGUCGAUGACAUUGAAUGCCGUAUGGGCAGUCGUUCAAUGCCUGAUGUUACUGAGUUGACUGAAAAUGAUUGGAAGAAGGUUGCAUAUCGACGAAUGGGUGGGGCAGUGAAACGUAGGAAUUUCAAGGCUGAUUCACAGCUCAGGGUGGAUGCUGUCCCACAAGAAAACUCACCCUAUCAGGAAAAGCUUGUCAAGAGGUAUAAAGCUGCAAGGAAAGGCGAGCGGCCUGUUCCUUCUGUUGAGAAAGGACUCGAGCAGCUUCAGAAGGAAACAGCAAAAUUACAGGAGGCAAUCAACAGAAUACAGGAAGAAAAUGCUAAACAUCGCCAAUUACUGAGUCAAGUUCAGGAAGAAGCAAGUCAAACCGAAUUUUCUCUGCGAGGUGAAAUCAAACGGCUGCAGCAGGAAAAGAGAAAUGCUGAGGAGCAGAUAGAGGAAUUGAAAGCUCAACAGGCUUCCAAACAGCAGAAUCAUAAAGUCAAGUUGUCGCAGUCUGAUAUCGGUUACGAAGUCAGCAAGCUGCGAUCAGAGAUGCACACAGAAAUUGGAAAACUACAAGAAGAUGUCCACACUGUUUUGAGCCUUCGAGACAAAUUAAGUGAAAUGGAGAAGGACAGACAGUCAGGAAGGAAGCUGCACCAUACGUCUUCGGAUUCGAGUGAAUUAUCGUCGCCGUCGGAGAGCAGAUUGCACAGAAGCAGCAUAUGUAGUGUCAUGUAGCUGUGAGGGGCUACAUUUUGGAAUUUAUUAAGUAGCUGUACAGAGCAUUCGACGAGAUGUGAUCUGCUCUUGCUGUGGUUUAUGAUCUACAACCAUUCCCAUUCUGUUAUCUGGUUUAUAGAUUGGUUGAUAUUAAUACCGAGUAUAUCAAACAAAUAGAAAUAUAUAGUUUAUACAUCAAAAGUUUUGUAUAUGGCAUGUGAGU